AUGACAAAAGGAACAUCCAGUUUUGGUAAAAGGCAUAAUAAGACCCACACCUUCUGUCGGAGGUGUGGGCAGAGGGCCUUCCACAUUCAGAAGAAAACGUGUGCUAGAUGUGCAUACCCAAGCCCUCGUCUAAGGCACUAUAAUUGGUCUAAGAAGGCCCAGCGGAGGAAGACAACUGGUACAGGCAGAAUGCGUCACCUGAAGGUUGUCCAAAGGAGAUUCAGAAAUGGUUUCCGUGAAGGAACUGUGCCCAAGCCAAGAAACACAGCUGUUGCUCCAGCUUCAUCGGCUGUUGCCACUAAAUAA